ACUCGAAAAGCAACAACCUCCGUGCAAUCAUAUCAUAUGCAUGGCUUGAUCAAAGGGUAACCUUUUUCACCUUCCCCCAAUCGCUAGAGUCACCGCGCUCGUUUCCAUCUUCCCGUCACAAUCACAUCCUGUUCGUACACGUGGACCCACACAUCCUCCUUUUUGGCCGAGUAGCUGAUACGUCCUACCCUUUGCCGUUUCGAAAGAUUACUUGUUCGACUAGUGUUGAUACGAUACACUCUCUCGCUUCUCUUCUGUUUCGUGAUCAGAGAGAAGAGAUAGAGAGGCGGAGAGCAGAGAGAGAAGCUCUUUCGUCUUCUUCUUCGUUCCGCGCUCGAUCAUCAAGGGGGUGAUCAUUGGAUUGUUCGCUAGGAGUUGAAUCGAUCUGGAGCAAUGUCGAGUUUUAAUCUGAACGUAGAUGUAAAUCAAAACGGAGAUACACUAGACGAUAUCGAUGACAUUGAUUUCUCCAAGUUGCUAGAGAAGCCGAGGCCGUUGAACAUCGAGAGACUGAGAUCACUCGACGAAAGGUCUCUCACCGAGUUAUCUGGCUCACCGCAGCUUAGAAACACGGAUAAUGCUUCUUACGUGGCUUCACCGAGUGUGGGUAGGUGGUCUGGAUUCAACACUCCUCGGUCAGUUCAUGGAUUCGAGUCUCAUCCUAUGGUGGGAGAGGCCUGGGAUGCUUUGAGGAGGUCUAUGGUGUACUUCCGUGGACAGCCUGUUGGGACUAUUGCUGCUGUGGAUAACUCUGAAGAGAAACUUAACUAUGAUCAGGUGUUUGUGAGAGACUUUGUGCCAAGUGCUUUGGCGUUCUUGAUGAACGGAGAGCCAGAUAUAGUGAGAAACUUCCUUUUGAAGACUCUUCGUCUUCAGUCUUGGGAGAAAAAGAUUGAUAGGUUCCAGCUUGGUGAAGGAGUUAUGCCUGCUAGCUUCAAAGUUUUCCAUGAUCCCGUUAGGAACCAUGAAACGUUGAUUGCUGAUUUUGGCGAGAGCGCGAUUGGGAGAGUGGCGCCGGUUGAUUCUGGAUUCUGGUGGAUUAUUCUGCUGAGAGCCUACACAAAAUCUACGGGAGACUCUUCUCUUGCUGACAUGCCUGAAUGCCAGAAGGGUAUACGGUUGAUACUAAGCCUUUGUCUCUCUGAGGGGUUUGAUACUUUUCCUACUCUCUUGUGCGCUGAUGGCUGCUGUAUGAUUGAUCGUAGGAUGGGAGUUUAUGGUUACCCGAUAGAGAUCCAAGCCCUCUUCUUUAUGGCCUUAAGGUGUGCGCUCCUCGUACUUAAACACGAUGGAGAAGGUAAAGAAAUGGUGGAACAGAUAGUGAAGCGACUCCAUGCGUUGAGCUACCACAUGAGGAGUUACUUCUGGCUAGACUUGAAGCAGCUUAAUGACAUUUACCGAUACAAGACUGAGGAAUACUCUCACACUGCUGUCAACAAGUUCAACGUAAUCCCUGAUUCUCUUCCGGAAUGGGUUUUCGACUUCAUGCCAUCUCACGGAGGGUUUUUUAUCGGCAACGUUAGCCCCGCGAGAAUGGAUUUCCGCUGGUUUGCGUUGGGCAAUUGUAUAGCCAUAUUGUCUUCCAUGGCUACUCCUGAACAGUCAACCGCAAUUAUGGAUCUCAUAGAAUCUCGCUGGGAAGAGUUGGUUGGAGAAAUGCCGCUCAAAGUUUGCUACCCUGCAAUAGAAAGCCAUGAAUGGAGGAUUGUAACUGGCUGUGACCCCAAAAACACUAGAUGGAGUUACCACAAUGGAGGGUCCUGGCCAGUGCUGCUGUGGCUACUGACGGCUGCUUGUAUCAAAACUGGUCGACCUCAAAUAGCAAGACGAGCAAUUGAAGUAGCUGAGGCUAGGCUUCAUAAAGACAACUGGCCUGAAUACUACGAUGGAAAGCUAGGGAGAUACGUUGGGAAGCAGUCACGUAAAUGCCAGACCUGGUCAAUCGCCGGAUACUUAGUAGCUAAGAUGAUGCUGGAAGAUCCAUCACAUGUCGGUAUGGUUGCUCUUGAGGAAGACAAACAAAUGAAACCCGUUAUGAGAAGAUCCAACUCCUGGACUUGUUGAAGUUUGAUCAUCUUCAUUAAGGUAACAUAAGCAAGAGAUGAUCUUAAGAGAAAACCUCAUGACCCGUGGUUUUAAUGCCUGAUAACGACUCUUUCUUUGUUUUUCAAAUUGCACAUUCUACGUUGUUUUGCUUUGUGAAAUAUUUUUAGACUACGAAACAUUUAAGCAUCAUAAAAAAAGAGUUCUUCUCUUUAAGCUUCACAUUCUUA